CAAGGGAUGCAGAGAAUGAUGAGAAUGACAAAGGGGAUAAGAAAAAUAAGGGCACAUUUGAUGGCGAUAAAUUGGGAGAUCUGAAGGAGGAGGGGGAUGUGAUGGAUAAAACAAAUGGUUUGCCUGUGCAGAAUGGAAUCGACACGGAUGUCAAAGACUUCAGCCGUACACCUGGUAACUGCCAGAACUCUGCUAGUGAAGUGGAUCUUCUGGGUCCAAACCAGAACGGAUCAGAGGGCUUAGCGCAGCUGGCCAGUACUAACGGCGCCAAGCCGGUAGAGGAUUUCUCCAAUAUUGAGUCCCAGAGCGUCCCUCUGGAUCCCAUGGAGCACGUUGGCAUGGAGCCUCUUCAGUUCGAUUAUUCUGGCACCCAAGUACCUGUGGACUCGGCCGCAGCCACCGUGGGGCUCUUCGAUUACAAUUCCCAGCAGCAGUUGUUCCAAAGACCGAAUGCACUCGCUGUUCAGCAGCUAACGGCAGCGCAGCAGCAGCAGUACGCCUUGGCAGCUGCCCAUCAGCCUCACAUAGCAGGUUUAGCUCCUGCUGCCUUUGUCCCCAACCCGUACAUCAUCAGCGCCGCGCCCCCGGGAACAGAUCCGUACGCAGCCGGACUUGCAGCAGCUGCGACAUUAGGCCCCGCGGUGGUUCCUCACCAGUACUAUGGAGUUACGCCCUGGGGGGUUUACCCUGCCAGCCUCUUCCAGCAGCAAGCUGCCGCCGCCGCCGCCGCCACCAAUUCGGCAAACCAGCAGACCACUCAGCAAACCCAGCAGGGCCAGCAGCAGGUUCUCCGCGGAGGAGCCAGUCAGCGUCCCCUGACCCCCAACCAGAACCAGCAGGGACAGCAGACGGAUCCGCUGGUGGCCGCCGCAGCCGUCAAUUCUGCCCUUGCCUUUGGCCAGGGGCUGGCAGCAGGGAUGCCAGGUUACCCAGUGCUGGCUCCUGCUGCUUACUACGACCAAACGGGUGCUCUCGUGGUGAAUGCGGGGGCCAGGAAUGGCCUGGGGGCCCCCGUCCGUCUGGUGGCCCCCGCUCCAGUCAUCAUCAGCUCCUCCGCAGCGCAAGCAGCAGUUGCAGCGGCUGCAGCUUCGGCCAACGGUGCAGCGGGUGGCCUGGCAGGAACAACAAACGGACCAUUUCGCCCUCUAGGAACUCAGCAGCCCCAACCCCAGCCCCAGCAGCAGCCCACCAACAACCUGGCAUCCAGCUCGUUUUACGGCAACAACUCUCUCAGCAGCAAUUCCCAGAGCAGUUCCCUCUUUUCUCAGGGCUCUGCCCAGCCUGCCAACACUUCCCUGGGAUUCGGAAGCAGCAGCUCUCUCGGUGCCACGCUGGGGUCUGCGCUGGGAGGAUUUGGGACAGCAGUUGCUAACUCCAACACGGGCAGCGGCUCCCGCCGCCUUACGGGGAGCAGUGACCUGUACAAGAGGACAUCCAGCAGUUUGACACCUAUAGGACACAGUUUUUACAAUGGCCUUGGGUUUUCCUCCUCUCCUGGACCUGUGGGAAUGCCUCUGCCCAGCCAAGGACCUGGCCACUCUCAGACUCCGCCACCUUCCUUAUCUUCACAUGGAUCAUCUUCAAGUUUAAACCUGGGAGGGCUCACGAAUGGGAGCGGCCGCUACAUCUCGGCUGCUCCCGGCGCCGAAGCCAAGUACCGCAGCGCCAGCAGCGCCUCCAGCCUCUUCAGCCCCAGCAGCACCCUCUUCCCCUCGUCCCGCCUGCGCUACGGCAUGUCCGACGUCAUGCCCUCCGGCCGAAGCAGGCUGCUCGAAGAUUUCCGCAAUAACCGCUACCCCAAUUUACAGCUGAGGGAGAUUGCUGGGCACAUCAUGGAGUUCUCCCAGGAUCAGCAUGGAUCCAGGUUUAUUCAGCUGAAACUGGAGCGUGCUACCCCAGCGGAACGUCAGCUUGUGUUCAACGAGAUCCUCCAGGCAGCGUAUCAGUUGAUGGUCGAUGUCUUUGGAAACUACGUCAUCCAGAAGUUCUUUGAAUUUGGCAGCCUGGAACAGAAGCUGGCCUUGGCAGAACGUAUCCGUGGGCACGUGCUGUCCCUGGCUCUGCAGAUGUAUGGCUGUAGGGUGAUCCAGAAGGCCCUGGAGUUUAUUCCCCCAGACCAGCAGGUAAUUAACGAGAUGGUGCGGGAGCUGGAUGGCCAUGUCCUGAAGUGCGUGAAAGACCAGAACGGUAACCACGUGGUGCAGAAGUGUAUUGAGUGUGUGCAGCCCCAGUCCCUGCAGUUCAUCAUCGAUGCCUUUAAGGGACAGGUCUUUGCGUUGUCUACACAUCCGUAUGGCUGUCGUGUGAUCCAGAGGAUCCUCGAGCACUGUCUUCCUGAGCAGACCCUUCCCAUCUUGGAGGAACUUCACCAACACACCGAGCAGCUCGUUCAGGAUCAGUAUGGGAACUAUGUUAUCCAGCAUGUACUAGAACAUGGUCGGCCUGAGGAUAAGAGCAAGAUUGUAGCAGAAAUUAGAGGCAACGUGCUCGUGUUGAGUCAACAUAAAUUUGCUAGCAACGUGGUGGAGAAGUGCGUGACUCACGCCUCCCGCACGGAGCGCGCCAUGCUGAUCGAUGAGGUGUGCACUAUGAACGACGGCCCUCACAGUGCCUUAUACACCAUGAUGAAGGACCAGUACGCCAACUACGUGGUGCAGAAGAUGAUCGACGUGGCCGAACCAGCGCAGCGGAAGAUUGUCAUGCACAAG